AUGUCAGAAGUUGUUUUAACUAUGACUUUGGGAGGGUUUUUUUUCACAUUUUGGUUUGAUCCUUGGAUGAAUGGUGAGGCUAUAAAUGAUAUGUAUCCUGGUAUAUCUUUUAUAGAUACUGAUGUUCCUAAAACUGCCUGUGUCAAUGACUUGUGGAGACUUCCAAUGCCUAUGGAUGAUCAAGUAGAAACUUUUUGGAACAGAAUCAGAGAUAACUUUGUCAUUGAUAAUGAAAAGGAUGAUAUCAUUAAUUGGAAGUGCUGCAGGAGUGGUACCUUCUCUAUUAAAUCAGCCUGGAAUCACUUCAAGUUGAAGUUUGAAAAAGUUACUUGGUGGAAGGUCCUUUGGAGUCCAGGAUACAUUCCCAAACAGAGCUUCAUUGCAUGGUUAGCUACCAAGAAUAGCUUAAGAACCAGAGAUAAGUUGAAGAAAUGA